AUGGCCGAUUUCACAGGAAAAUCUCGUCCCAACGGAGAAGUCGUUCUCGGGGACGUCGAGCACGACGGGCGAGUCAUACUUUACGUCAUCAAAGCCGACCAGACAUCGUACAUCAACUACAUCAAGCCAUUGAUCUUUGCAGAGGAGCUUGGGUUUCCGCACUUGAUCUCUGUGAUUGACACUCGAGAUGAGUGGUUCUACGCCGUCCAUCCGGAACGGAUGGUUCCAUCCUUGAAGGAUAAAGACGACGUUACUGGCGAGAAAAUCAUCGUCUUCGAGGGAACCGCCUGUCUGCAGUACCUGGCGGCCAAGUUUGACCAUGCUGGGGAGUGGAGCGGCCGAACCGCGUGGGAAAAGGCCCAAGUCCUCUCAUGGACCGCGUUCCAGACUGCUGGCCUCGGGGCAACUGCCAAGUACUGGCUGUACUUCCUGCGUGGAUACCCCACCAGGCAGAACCCUGAGCCCAUGCCAAAAACAUGUGCAAAGCUUCACGCCAACACACUUAAAGCGUGGCACAUGCUGGAAGGCCGGCUGGCUCUGCCUGGGCAGCAAUAUGUAGCUCUACCAGACCGUCCGACAUUGGCAGACCUUUCGUACUUCCCAUUCGCGAUGCCGUGGAUGUUCGGUUUCUUUGGCGUGGACAUCAAAGACUGGCCCAACAUCGCACGCUGGAGCGAGCUGAUGCUCGCACGGCCUGCUAUAAAGAGGGUUAUGGAGAGGGCGCCCACCAUUGGUCACUGA